AUGGGGGAUCAGCUCAGUGAAAUUUCAGCGCUAAACAGUCAGCUUAAGUCUUUUAAGUCUUCUUCUGAAGCUCAAGCGUUGCAGCUGAAGACUGUGGAAGGCGAGCUGGCAGAUAAUGUUGACAAGAUCGAGAAGGUGUUAGGAGCAGUGAUCUCGGAGGUCCAAGAAGAGAAGGAGAAAGUCGCAGUGGAGCUGGCAGAAUCUAGAAACAAGGCUGAAGAAUUGGGGAAGUGGGUAUCAGAGCUGAAAGCGAUGAUUCAGGAGAUGCAGUCUAAGAUUGAAGAGAUGCAGGGAGCUGCGAAUAUGCAGGGCGCUGAGAUCCAUGCCUUGAGAGAGCAAUUGCAGGCUGAAGAGCAAGAGGUGAAUGUCAAGGAGAAGCAGAUUGCAAAACUGACUGCUGACACUAAGACACUGAAUGAGUUGAUGACCAAAGCAAUGGAGAGCAGGCAAGGCAUGGAAGUUCACCUGGAGGCGAAGGGGAGGGAGGUGGAGGAAAUAAAAGGCGGACUGAGGCAGGCAGAAGCAAAGGUCGCAGCGCUGGAGAGGGAGCUGUCAUGGAAGGACGGGAGGCUCAAGGCCGUGGAGGAAGAUGCUCAGACGAAGCAGCUGCAGGUAAAGCGAUUGGAGGGCCUAUUGGUGGAGGUGCAGCAACAGGUGGGGGUGGUGCAGCGUGAGAAGGAGGCUUGGAUGGGCCGGUUCUGGGCACUGGAGCAGGAGAAGACAUCAUUGGAUGCAGAAUUGUAUGAGCUGAGUCACCUGAUGCUGAUGAAGGAGAGGGAGGUGCAGGCAUUGCAAGCUGCUCAGGGCUACGGGCUGGAUUCUGACUGA